AUGAGAAGAAAAUGCCCGGCUACAUCCCCCCUUCUGCUGCUCCAGCUUCUCCUGAGGUGUUCAGAACGGGGUGGGGGGGUUAAUUUUGGUGAGAAGGAUGCAAAAGUUUCCAGGGCCUGGAGAGAUGGAGUCAGGGUCCCUGGAGAAGGAACCUCUUGGGACUCAGACAGGGCCAGUCCUGAGCUAAGGUACGGAAUAGUAGGACUCAUUCAAAGCAUUUCCACUAAGCACCCAGAGAGCAGCCCUAAAGACUCAAGAAUAAGAGAAAAUGAUGUAACUGCCGAUGGAAGGACCACUGAGGACCACAUCACUGCAGACCCAGGGACCACCAAGGACUCCGUCACUGCAGACCCAGGGACCACUGAGGACCACAUCACUGCAGACCCAGGGACCACCGAGGACUCCAUCACUGCAGACCCAGGGACCACCGAGGACUCCAUCACUGCAGACCCAGGGACCACCGAGGACUCCAUCACUGCAGGCCCAGGGACCACUGAGGACCACAUCACUGCAGACCCAGGGACCACCGAGGACUCCAUCACUGCAGGCCCAGGGACCACUGAGGACCACAUCACUGCAGGCCCAGGGACCACCAAGGACUCCGUCACUGCAGGCCCAGGGACCACGGAGGACUCCGUCACUGCAGGCCCAGGGACCACCGAGGACUCCGUCACUGCAGGCCCAGGGACCACCGAGGACUCCGUCACUGCAGGCUCUUGGACCACAGAAGAUGAAAUCACUAAACAUGGUGACAUUCACCUUCUGCGAACUACUUCAGUCACAGCAGUGAAACCUACCAGGCUCCUGACACCCAUGGGAAUUAUCCUCAUAUCCCUGACUGCAACCACGGUUACUGUUGCACUCUUUGUUGGAUUGGGCUUCAUGUGGUGA